AUGCCUACCGAACCAGAAGAUCCACUUGAACCGUACUACUAUAACCAUGUGCCAGAAGUCAUUGGUGGCAUAGACGUCCCGUCCAUUACAGAGGAAUGGGUUGAAAAUUAUCCCAGUGUCGUGGACCGAUUUUUCACACGUUACUAUUACAUUAAGGAAAGUCCAGAACCGGCACCCUAUCAAGUACUUUUUCACUCCAAUCGGGUUUGUUUAAUUUGUUUGGCUCCAGAGCAUCCCGCAAUAAAAGACGGUAUAAAAUCAUUCACCUUUGAUAUCGGCAAUACAGAUCGCAGUAAAAAUACGGUGAAAGGAAAGGGCAAGAAAGGCGGUAUGGUUCUGCAACAUGACUCCACGCUAGCCAUAUUGACCAGCGAGCAAAAUAAAGCGUACAAAAUACCUAGUUGUGUACAAAGUAAAUUAGUGGAAGUGAAUACAGCGUGGGUUGAAGCACCAAAGCAAUUGGAAACUGCCGCCGAAGGCGAAGGAUAUGUCGCUAUUGUAUUACCAAAACCUGAAGAUUGCGAAAAUAUUAAACGUAGCCUAUUAACACAAGCACAAUAUAACGAAAAGUGGACAGCGAUAGAAAUGAAUGCUGCGCAGAAGUUGGCAAAUGAGAGCAACGUUGCCAAAACUGAGCACAAAUCUGCGCAAGCUGAACAAGAAUCUGCAACGGUGGGAAAAGAAAAUGCAGAUGAAUCAUGAGUGCGGUUUUAAUAAGUGUUUUGUUAAUAUUUGUGAAUUUCUAAAUAAAUAUGCUUGUUUUUUUUA